UCUCCUACCCAUCACAUUCCAUCAUCCACUCUCCUCCCCAUCACAUUCCAUCCUCCACUCUCCUCCCCGUCACAUUCCAUCCUCCACUCUCCUCCCCAUCACAUUCCAUCUUCAGCUGCUUGUCACUUCCACUUUUCAUUUGUCAGCUUCUUAUAUCUUUGCCACUCUUCACCUCCAUCCUCUGUCUAUCAUCCCCCCCUCUAAUGGACCCAGCUAUCACCUGCCUGCUUUUGCCCCACCCCUUCCCCUACCUUUGUUAUACUGGCUAUCUGCCCUCUUUCUUCCCUGAACUGAUGAAAAGUCUUGACCCAAAUCAUUAACUAUUUCCUUCCAUAGAUGCUGUUUAACCCACUGAGUUCCUCCAGCAUUUAGUAAAUUACUAAAGAUGUUUGUUGACUUACUGUUAAAAAUGUAUCGGAGGUGCAGUAGAGUCAUUUUCAGUAGACGAUAUCAUCUGCAGCAGUUUCUGUAAUCUUAACCCAAAAUCAUUUCACUAACACUUAUAUAUUGAGACACGGUGCAGAAUGUGCCCUACUGCCCCUUCAAGCCACACCACCCAGCAACCCCCGAUUCAAUCCGAGCCUAAUCACGGGACAAUUUACAAUGAGUAAUUAACCUACUGACCAGUAUGCCUUUGGGCCGGGGAGGAAACCGGAGCAUCUGGAGGGGAGUAAUGGCAGUGUUAACUGUGGUGUCAGUCUGAGUGAGCAGUAUUUGCAGCUGUUACUUGAACCGUUGUUGUCACACUAGUGGCAUUUGUUGGAAACUUUUAUUUAAAAUUUGAGAGAUUAGGGGAUGCGGAAAUCAUUUAAUGAGUCAGUGUCUUGGGAGAGGAAAUUGUGCAGUACACUUGUCAGUUUGUUCUGUGUAUUUCUCGGCCAUAUUGGCCUUGGAUAUUAAAGCUUGUUUGCUUUCAGUUUGAGCACUAUCUUGUGAAACCUACAGUGUGCUGUGUAACCGUGACGUCGAUAGGGAAAAAUACAGAGCCGCUGAGAGACAUAUUCGUAUGAUGAAGGCAGGUUCUUCAUAAGAGCAGGGGGCAAUCACAUCCAGGUAACCAAGCAACCUGUACAUUUUCGGGAUGUGGGAGGAAAUCGAAGCACACAGAGGUUCACAGGGAGAAUGUACGUUCCAUACAAACAGUCCUCAAGGUCGGAAUUGUAUCUGGGUGUCUGGAGCUAUGAGGAAUCUUCCUCGAGGGGGAAAGGGACUUAGAGCUGGGAAGUUCACUGUUGAAUUCAUCUUCGUUCAAUCCAGACUCCAAAAUGCCGACAGAAGGAGAUCCUACUACACUGGUCAAAGCGACCCACCUGGUCCUGCUGUCUACCACCUGGGGCAUGCAGAUAUGGGUAUCGUUCAUAUCAGGUGUUGUUUUGAUCAACAGCGUCAGCAAACAUACAUUCAGCCAGGUGCAGGGUAAACUGAUUCCCUGUUACCUCUACUGUGUCCUGGGAGGAUCCUUCCUUAAUCUGGCUCUUUAUGCUCUGUAUCACCCACACGAGCUACUCAACAAGGCUGAAGCAGUGCAGAUCACAUCAUUCUUUGUCUGUGUGAUCUUCUCCGGGCUCAACGCUCAAUGGUUCAGUCAAACCGUAAGUGAGAUGAGGCUGAAGAUGGAAAAGAUCGAGCGGGAGCACAGCCUCGGAGACGAGGUGGGAAUCGGCACCAAACAGGAGGCCUACAGCAAGCUGAAGAAGAGUGAUGCAAAGUAUGGGAAGCUGAGUUAUCGCUUUAAGAAGUAUCAUGCUCUCAGCAUGGUGUGUAAUUUCAUCUGUGUAAUCUGUAAUGGGGUGAAUCUCUUCUACACUGCGGCCAAUCUGAAGACUUUCUAGAAAAAAAGACUUUGUUGACUCUUUAUUCUUUUUCAUAGAUGCUGUCUGAUCUGCUGUGUUCCUCAGCAUUUUCUGUGUGUUACUUUCUAGAAAAUCCCUGUUGUCUUUCUCUGCCAAUUUUUUCUGUCAUUUUCUGAGAAUAACCACCUCUGUGUAUCUUAGUUUUGAUAAUUUUAUUCUCAAAUUUCCCAGUCACCAACCAUCAGGAGGAAACACCGAAGUUCUGAAAGGUAUAUUUUGUGUGAGGGGCCAAGUUUUGUGUGAAAGCUUCAGCAGCCAGGCACACAAUCUGUUCUUAGGAUAGAUGGAUAGGGCAUUCUCGUUCCUUCCGCAUGAGGGUCCACAGCACAAAGCCCCAUUCAUAUUGUAUUAAAUUGUCAACGUGUUUCAGAUACUUCUGUGUCUCGAAACAGCAAUAUAUUUUUUUGCACUUCAGGAGCAUGAAGAGGUCACAUUUCAGCAUAUCACAUUACAGAAGUCCUGUUUUCCUUUUGUCUGAAGUGAGGAUGAACCCACCACCCUGACCGAGACUGAGGCUGAGUGAUGGUGUAAACAGGCUUUACGUCAUGCUACUGCCCUGGGAGUACGUUUGGGAUCUAGGAGCAGCCUGAGUACACAGUACAUUAGUGGCUAGUACAGAAAACAGCAAGGCCAUGCCAACGAAUCUCUUGAAGAUCCAAUUCAUGAGCAAAAUAGAGAGGACUUCAGUCUGAAUCUGACUCCGGCAGUCUACCAUCCGUUGGUAGCUCAGCCCAGGCUGAUUCAGAGUUGUCGAAGCAGUCUUUUGCAUAGGGCAAAACAAUUAUUAAUAUCACGUUAUAAGCCUAAGUUAGUUUGCUGUAUAUUGGAUUGAUAAACUAGCUGUAACUUUACUUUGAUUCUUUUCAACAUUCCGUAGCAGAUGUUAUCCAGGUGAGUACAUCCACUUUGACUGGAUCCAGAAGAGAACAUGCGAGAGCGAUCAGUAUAACGGUAACCAUCUGAAAAGAUAAAAUCUCUCGUGUGGUCAAGAAUGAAGCUGGGCAUUGCAUUCCUGUCUCUCUGGUGCCACCUGUUUAUGGAGUAGAUCACAACAAAUAGUAUUACUCAGCCUUUCCUAGGGCCCCGUGACUGUGAGUCUGUGAAUCACAGGGGAGUCAGAAAACAAGUGGAUUGGUCAGGUGUUGCUGAUGACUGAGUUAAGUUAUGUAACAAAAACCCAAGGUAGGCAGAGAGGGAACUGUAAGACACUGCUUUAUCACUCUUCCUCCAGAGUGAGGUGUGGGUGAGGGACUGCUCAGUGUUGUGGCCAGGGCUGCCAAAUACCAUGGCCUUCAUUAAGUUAAUAGAACUUACUAAUCUAUGUCUCCAUUUCAAGGCAAAAUGAGCUCCUCACAACCAUUACAAUUUGAACAGACACAAGUAAUGAAUUCCUUAGAUCCUACAUGGUCAUUUGUCAUGUUGUUUUUGAAAAUCCAAGUUGGAAAUUCAGUGUUGUUAUGGUCACUGUAUGUGUAAAAUCAACCUGGAAAAGCUUGAUUGAAUGCCUGAUAAUGCUUGGGAACUGACAUCUUUAUCUCAGGAGAAACAUUCAGUUCUGCUGAGCCUCAAUGAUGGCCAGUCAUUAUUAAUUUUUUCCUGUGUAACAUUCCUCAUGAUUUCUUACCUUUUCAACUGGUGUCAUUAAAUGCAGUAUUUCAUCAGAA